AUGCCUGCCGCCCGUCCCAGGACGCUCGGCGGAAACGCCUGCCCUCCCGUCCCAGGAUGCUCGGCGGACGCCUGCCCGCCUCCCGUGGCCCGGGUGGGACGCUCGGCGGACGCCUGCCCGCCCGUCCCGGGACGCUCGGCGGACGCCUGCCCGCCCGUUCCCGGACGCUCGGCGGACGCCUGCCCGCCCGUCCCGGGACGCUCGGCGGACGCCUGCCCGCCCGUCCCGGACGCUCGGCGGCGCUGGCCCGUCCGUCCCGGGACGCUCGGCGGACGCCUGCCCGCCCGUCCUGGGACGCUCGGCGGUCGCCUAUCCACAGAAGCUUCUGCAGUUUUCACUUGCUCUCCUCCAUUCGUCUUCAUUUCUCCUGGAGGUUCUUCAAAUCAGAGACCAUUUUCUCCUUCGUUCCUCGCAGCCAUCCAACCUCAUCAUCCAUCUGGUCGUUCCAUUCGCCCUGGACACCGGCCUUCUUCUUCAGCGACUCCAGGCGACCAUUUCCUUCCUCUAGAAGGCAUGCCAGCUCGUUCCUCUUGA